AGGCAGGAGGAACGGUGGUUUCUCGGGAGGGUGAUUAUCGGGAUGGGCUGGGGGCAAGCCGGGUGGGAUACACUGCGGCUACUGAAUCCGUACACAGGCUCCUUGCACGCUUCGCUGCGCUUGCGAACCCGACCAUGAGCGUCUCGGACUCCGCACAUCAUCCCUCCGACCCCGGGAGCGUCUCUCUUCCUGCCCAGAAGAACCUCCUCAGCUUCCCUUUACCCGACCGGAGAACCCCUUCCUGGCCUCGUUCCCCGGACGAGGACCCCGGUUUGCCCCCCUUUCCUCUGGAAGACACUGUCCCCAGGCCUUUGGCCCCGGGGAACCUUCCAUCUCCAGCCUUGUCCCUAGAGGAAGAAGAGGAGGAAGAGACUGAAGACGAAGACGACUCGGCGGAGCCGGAGGGACUGCGCAGCGAGGAACACCCGAGCCAGUUUUUCGCGGAGGCACAGCGGCUUCGGGAGCAGAGGUUGUUGCUGGACGAAGAGGUGUCCGUUGCGGGGCGAGUAUACGGGGUGCAUCGGGUAAUCUUGGCUGCGAUUAGCAGCCUCUUCCGAGACAGGCUGCUGGGCGGCAGAGGUCCACAACCGCCCCUCAGCCUAGACGUGACCGCCAGGGCCUGGGAGGCCGUGCUGACCUUUGCCUAUGAGGGGUUCCUGGGCCCUGCCCCUGGGGGAGAUGUGCUGGUCGUGGCGGAGGCUCUGGGAGCACCCCGGGUGAAGGCCGCGGCCCAGUGGAGAUGCGAAGGGGCUGGAAGCGCCAGGGAAGACGGAAAGCCGCCCAGCCAGGUGGAGGAGCUGAGGGAAAACCUGCGCAGUAUUGAGCUCCUAUACAAAGAGGGUGUCGGGUGCGACCUGGAGCUGGAGGCAGGCGGCUGUCGGCUGCGAGUGCACCGAGCAGCCCUGGCCUGUGGCAGUGAGUUCUUUGGCGCCAUGCUCCUGAGUGGGAUGAGGGAAUCCCAGGGCACAGAGGUGUCUCUGCAUACCAUCUCUGCCCAGGACCUGAGACUCCUCAUUUCUUUCGCCUACUCUGGUGCCGUGCGGGCAAGGUGGCCAGGACUACUGAGAGCUGCCCAGGCUGCUCUGCAGUACCAGAGCUCUUCUUGCCUUGCUCUGUGCCAGAGAGCCUUGGCCGGGGGCCUCAGCCCUGCACGCUGCCUGGCCCUGUUCCCCAUAGCUGAAGCCCCUGGAUUAGAGAGGCUCUGGAGCAAAGCCCGUCACUACCUCCUCACCCACCUGCCUGCUGUGGCUUUGUGCCCCACUUUCCCUUCUUUACCAUCUGCCUGCCUGGCCGAGCUCCUGGAUAGCGAUGAACUACACGUGCAAGAGGAGUUUGAGGCCUUCAUGGCUGCAUGGCGUUGGUUAGCUGCCAACCCCGAGACCCAGGAGUCAGAGGCCAAGGCCCUGCUUCGAUGUGUUCGCUUUGGCCGCAUGUCCACCAGGGAGCUGAGGAGGGUACGGGCAGCUGGGCUGCCUCCAGCCCUGUCCCCUGACUUGCUGCAUCAGCUCCUGGUGGAGGCUGCAGUUCCGGGUCAAGUGAGGCGGAGGGAGCCUGACCAGGCCCUGGUAGUGAUUGGCGGGGAUGGGCUCCGAUCAGACAUGGCCAGAAGACAGCCAUCCCGAGGAGUGUGGUGGGCCCGGGCCUUCUGCUGCGGUACAGGAUUGGUUCGAACUGUGGAUUGGGGACAGCUCCCUGCCCUGCCUGCCCCGGGGCGUUUCCGGCACGGGGCUGCGAGCCUGGCAGGAAGUGAACUCUAUGUGUGUGGGGGACAGGAUUUCUACAGUCAUGCCAACACCCUGGCUUCAACUCUCAGGUGGGACCCCAGUCAAGAGGACUGGGAGGAGAUGGCGCCUUUGUGCCAGGCUCGGAGCUUUUUUCCCCUGGUGGCACUGGAUGGACUACUCUAUGCCCUGGGCGGCCAGAACGGUGAUGUUGCUCUCGACUCUGUGGAGGCGUAUAACCCCGAGCUCAAUGUCUGGAGGCCAGCUCCUGCCCUUCCAGCACCAUGCUUUGCCCACGCAGCUGCUGUUUUGGAGGGCCGACUGUACGUGAGCGGUGGCUGCAGCGGUGCUGGCCAAUACCUGUCCUCCUUGCUGCACUAUGACCCCAAGCUGGAGAAGCCAGGGACACUUCUGAGCCCUAUGGGCAUACCUCGGGCUGGCCAUGUCAUGGCCGCUCUGGGGGGCCGGCUGUAUGUAGCAGGUGGGCUAGGCAAAAUGGGGGACCUACUGAGCUUUGAGGCCUAUGAGCCAAGGACUGAUAGCUGGACUCAUCUGGCACCUUUGCCCUCCCCCCAUGUGGGGGCUGCAGGUGCAGCUCUGCAGGGGGAGCUCCUUGUGCUGGGGGGCUACAGCCACCGUACUUAUGCUCUCUCCCACCUUAUCCAUGCUUACUGCCCUGGCCUGGGCCGCUGGCUCUGCCUGGGAACUCUACCAAAGCCUCGGGCUGAGAUGCCGGCCUGCAUCCUGGAGCUGCCCACUGUGCAGCACAUAGCUUUAGUUCCCACGCGGCACCAAACCAAACCUGCUGGGACUUGCUCCUUUCUACUCUCCAAUCCCCGGGACACCUAAACCCUCUUGGCAAUAUUCUUUCUCAGGUAACUUGCAGGUUCAGUCCAAUGUUUCCUCAGCCCACACACUUCAGGCUGCCCCUAAGAGCCUCUUGGCAGAAGUCCUUGUCCCGACCUGGCAACCUGGUGCUGCAGGGAGCCUGAGUUGCCCAGGAGAUGAGGCGGGAAUGCUGCGUGUGGGGAAGAGGAGGAGGCCCAGGCAAAGGAGCCAGGUGUCUAUGGUGGGAAAGGGAUGGGAUGAGGUUUGAGUGGUGGGAUGGAAAAAGCCAGAAGCCUGACUGGCUUCUUUCCUUCCUUUGAGGUGAGUUCAGGGAUCAGGAGUGACAACAGGACAGUUGCGGUAUGAGGUCCUAAGUUGUGAGAGGAGGUGGAAGAGAGGAAAAGUGAGAGACAAAGAGGACUCAGAAAAGUGGUUUCCCCCCUUUCUUUCUCUUUCCUCUUGAGUUUUUAAGAUUCAUUUCCCUUUUUUUGGCCAGGCAAAGUUAAGUCAGAUGCUUCCUUUCUCCCUUCCUCCACUAUGCUCUUUCUUCCUUUCUUUUUCCUUUCCUUUUUUCUUUUCUUUCCUUUUCUUUCUUCUUUCUUUUCUCUUCUCCCUUCUCCCACAUAGUGACCAAUCCCCUACUAUGUGCCAGGCACUAAAUGAGGCACAAGGACACAGAGAUUGGAGAGCUCCUGACCAGCAGGUAGACUUGUGGGUGGACUUAGGAGUAGGGCCACUUAUCUCAUCCCUCUCUUCGCUCGCUUUUAGAGGUGUGAGAACUCAGACAACAGAGGAGUGAACUCUGCCCAGGGAAAGCUUCUGCUAAGGAAGUCAUCAUCAAAUAGGUGUAGUUUGGAUUGGAUUUUGAAGACUCCUUGGAAACUCACCAGUCAGAAAAGGGGAAAGGCACUCCAGUCAGAGAAAAGGAGCAGGUGGGACAUGUAGUGCCCUGUGUCUCUCUAGCAAAGGGAAUGCCAGUAUUCCAGAGGGUUCUUUGGAGGCUUCUGCUGCUGUUGCCAGCCCACCCCCUUCUCUGGAGCUUUUCUGAAGAUAGUAGUUUGCACUUAAUUAUAUAUUCCCUCCAUCCACAACUCUCCUAAGUCUUUCCUGUUUGGUAUUUCCAUUUCUGACCCCUGAGCAGCUCAGGGCAAAGAAGGGCCAGUUCUUUGUAUAGGUCAGUUUUCUAUUACCAUUGUUCAUUAAGAUUCUCGUGCUCCUAAGGGUGAGAUAAAGGACUCUCUCUUGUGCCUUUCUUCAUCCUGGCCUGGAGGUGCUUGACAUACUUUUGUUUAUUUUAUUUUAUUUUUUUUGAGAUUUCAUUAUUAAGUUCUUUUGCCCCCCUGUAUCUCUGGUUUGGAGCAUAGAUGAACAUAAGGAGGGAUAAGUAGAAUAUAUAUGAGAAAAGGGAAGAAAGACUGAAGAAACCAGAAGAAGGAUAUUGAGGGUUCUGAGAAACUAUGAGGAUUGAGUCUUUAGGAUGAACUUCUGUGAACAUAUUUUUUGUGGUUUGUAGGCAAAGGCAGACUAAAAUAAAGGUUUCAUAAUUAUUGAA